CCGCCGGCCGACUGGCACUUUGUCAGUUCGGCAUUGCGCAGCGCUCGUGGUGUGUAUCGUGCUCGUCGUCUAUUGUUCGCUGUGCGCGUUAGCACCAGUCGGGACCGUGUGUGCGGUGCUCACCAUCAACGGACCACUCGUCGACGAUUCGUUUUCCGUACGGGGAACUUGCAAACGACGAUCACAGACGGACACCGCUGGCGUUCGACGCGACGACAGACGGUUCUUUGUCUUGAAAAUACGUAGAUUAAUUUAAAAUGGGUCGAUACAGCGGAAAAAAAUGCCGCCUCAUCACCAUGUUUUGGCUGACGACGUUUUUCUUUUUGGUAGAGAUCAUCGUUGGCUACAUUACCAACUCGAUGGCCCUUGUUGCGGAUAGUUUUCAUAUGCUUAGCGACGUCGCUGCGUUGGUUGUCGCAUAUUUAUCUGUUAAAAUGUCACCGAAAAAAUGGUCAAAAAACACAUUUGGAUGGGCUAGAGCUGAAGUACUUGGAGCACUAGUAAAUGCUGUGUUUUUAGUAGCUUUGUGUUUUUCAAUUACUGUUGAAGCUUGUAAGAGGUUUAUUGAAGUAGAGACCAUUCACAAUCCCAAAUUCAUAGUUGUGGUAGGAGUUUUGGGAUUAUUUGUCAAUAUUUUGGGUUUAUUUUUGUUCCAUGCUCAUGGCGGAGGAGGACAUGGUCAUUCACAUGGUGGUAUAUCGCGUAGUCAUACACGAUUAACUCAAUUAGUAAGUGCUGGAGCAAGUGCCAAUGCUACUGAUGACAAUGAUAAUGAUCAUCGAUUCAAUGUGCCACUGAACCAUACUCAUGAAUCUUCUGCUGGUCAUAUGAAUAUGCGAGGUGUAUUUUUACAUCUCCUAGCUGAUGCAUUAGGUUCAGUUAUUGUAAUUGUAUCAGCGUUGAUUGUGUGGUUGACUGACUGGAAAUACCGUGAUUACAUUGAUCCUGCUUUGAGUUUGCUAAUGGUGAUAAUCAUUUUGCACUCAGUGUGGCCAUUGUUGCAAGAAUCUGCACUUAUAUUACUUCAGACUGUCCCUACUCAUAUCCAAGUGGAUGCCAUACAGAAAAGACUUUUAGACAGAGUUGAUGGAGUUUUAGCUGUACACGAGUUCCAUGUAUGGCAAUUGGCUGGUGAUAGAAUCAUAGCAUCUGCACAUAUCAGGUGUAGGAAUUUGCCAGAAUAUAUGAAGUUAGCAGAAAAAGUUAAAGAAUUUUUUCAUAAUGAAGGUAUUCAUUCAACUACCAUUCAACCUGAAUUUGUGGAAGUUGAGGUAACUGAAAAUAGAAACGAAAACCAGACUCCUACUGAAGAUUGUGUAUUGGAUUGUCCAAAAACUGACAUACCAUGUCAAUUGCAAACAUGUUGCGGCCCCUCAAAACAGGGUCGUGACACACCAUCUCCAGUUGACACGCCAUAUUUGUGUCGACAACGUAAUACUACUUCUGUUACUAUUGAUACCACCAACAAUUUACAGACUGCCAAUGCUCAAGAGAGCGAAAUGGAAAGUGGUGCACUAUUGGGUGAUAGAAUUAACAAUUGUCGUACUUCUACAGGAGGAUUUAUUACUAGUGGAUAGUAUUAGUAUUCUUUCUAAACUAUAACAAUUUUGUUUUUUUUUUUAAUAUAUAUUUUAUUAUUAUUAUUAUUAUUAUUAUUAUUAUCAUCUUUAUUAUUAUGAUAAUAAUAAAUAACUAAGCACAUGGUUUAAAUUGUACCUAUUACAUCAACAAGACCGAGAACAAGACCUACCAUGUACAAAAAAAAAAAAAACAAAA